CUGUCUGCCGACCUAAUCCUGCAUGAGGAGAACCUAGAUUCGGCCAUCUCUGCUGCGGUUCCUCUUCCCAGUCACCGGAAGAAACCCAGAGUCCACAACAGUCCCAAACCAGUCCGACAGACCAGCCGGCCAGACAGGCCUCAGACAACUCAUGAUGAUGCUGGGAUUGCAGGUUCUGCUUCUGUAAGCCGACCUCCUGUAAGGCGCCCAUCACAGGGCUCGGGCCACUUACCCAGGAGGCCAAGUAAGACACGGCGUCUUGGCACGGAAUCUGCGGCUCCAUCUUCCCCACCCAGGCGGCGCAUUUCUGCAGUGUCACCCCAGCCACCACUGGCACUAUUGGCGAGUCCACAGAUUGAUGAGCCCCGAUCACCUCAGUUAUCUGAGCCCAGCUUGAUGGCCGACGUGGACCAGCAGGGACAAGACCAACAGGCAACCAUCACACUGCAACUUACACCUGUUGACCCGAGCCAGCCAAUACAGCUGCAGGAUAUCCCCCAAGCCUCCAUGAGUCCACAACUGGCACAAGCUCCACCCCAAACACAAAUACCAGAUGACUUUUGGGCCAGUUGGACAAGCCAACAGGCACAAAGCAAUGCCAGCCUGACCGCACAUACCCAACACCUUGCCAGUCUGCCCCAUCAUCUACCGCGUAGUCGCAACUCGGGCAGACUGAUUGUACAAGUAGGCCGAAUCGCAACAUCGAUGGAGCAAAUAAGGGCUGACAACAACCAAAUGCUGGCUCAUUUAACGCGCAUCAUUGAUGAGCAACAGCGCCAUCAGCAGGCACUCGUUCAACUCAUUCAGCACAACCAGGUUGUGAAUGAGUCGUUAUCCCGGAUUGUAGCCAGCCACACUGCAACCAACACACAACUGAAUGCUAGCAUUAAUAAUUUGAGCAACAACAUAACAUUGAUGGCAGCUCAACAAGUGACCUCCAGCUCUGGGACCACGACCCCUAUCCAAACGCCAGUAACCUCCCCUGUUCGGCGUUCCUCCAGAGCACGUGCCAGUGAGCCAGCACAAAGCACAGCACCCAGCACACACAAGCGAAAAAAAUAACAAUUUUGACAAAUGUGAUUUUCACAAUAAAAAUUUGGAUUUGACAAACACACAACUUCCUGUGUCCGUCUC